AUGGCUUCUAUUGGCAUCAAUGCUGCAAUGCACAGAGCUUGCAGCUCCUCCCCUCACCUCACCACCAAAGAUGUAGGAACCACUUCCACCCGCUCCUUAGGAAGUAAGCAGGCAGCUACAUUCGUAUCUCUUAAUGUUGAAGCCCAAAAGCCUCUAAACCCACCUCAAGAACAAAACCAGAGCAAGAUUAAUGGAGUACUUGAGAAUGGUGAUGAUGCAACAGAAACUAAUUGUAGCAUCAAGUUCACUGACGAGCGAUGGAAACACGGGACUUGGGAUUUGAAUAUGUUCGUGAAAUCUGGAAAAAUUGAUUGGGAUGCUCUAAUUGUUGCUGAAGCUAGUAGGAGAAAGUCUCUUGAACUGCAUCCGGAAAUGGCAACAAAUGAAGACCCUGUGAUAUUUAGAAGCUCCAUUAUACCCUGGUGGGCUUGGAUCACACAUUCUCACCUUCCUGAGGCUGAGUUGUUAAAUGGUCGGGCGGCAAUGAUUGGGUUCUUUAUGGCUUAUCUUGUGGAUGUUUUGACUGGGCUCGAUGUGGUGGGACAAAGUGGUAAUUUCAUAUGCAAGAUAUGUUUAUUGGCGACAGUCAUUGGUGUAGUUCUGUUUAGACAGACCAAGUCUAUACAGGAUCUCAAGAAUCUAGCGGAUGAGGCUACUUUUUAUGAUAAACAGUGGCGAGCAUCAUGGCAAGAUCGAGAUUUGAGUGGUAGCUCUUUAGGGAAAAAAUGA